AUGUUGGCAAGUGUUGUGCUUAUCUUCCUUGUUAUCUUUUUACAAAGCACGCAUGCUUCAUUCGACGCAAAACAAAUGUACCAAAAUCCGUUAUCACAUGGUUUUGGUGAGGAUAUCGCUUGGGUAAAGUGGGAAGAUGCAGUGGAGCUAGCAAUGGAAGAAAACAAACCUAUAUUUCUUCUGAUUCAUAAAUCUUGGUGUCAUGCAUGCAAAGCGCUGAAAAAGACAUUUCAACAAUCAAAUGCUCGAAAGGCUUUUAAAAAAUUAUCAGAGUAUUUUAUUAUGGUAAAUACGGAAGAUGACGAAGAACCUUAUGAGGAAGAAUACAGGCCUGAUGGAAAAUAUAUUCCGCGGUUACUUUUCUUAGAUAAAAACGGUGAUUUGUUGCCUGAAUUCAAGAAUAAGAAAGCGGAAUAUAAAAAUUAUGCUUACUAUUAUUCAUCUCCCGCUGAUGUACUCAACUCAAUGAAAGAUGUCAUGCGUUUCUAUAAUAUAGAUGUUUGUUUCUUUUUCAACUAA